AUGUUAAAUACUUGGGGUGAUGUAUGGGCAUCAGAUAGCGAUAUUGAAACUGAAGGAUCUCAAGAUUUAGUGAAACUAAGAGAAAAGCAUAACAAAAGAGGUUAUUUAGACGGAAUAGUGAGUUCCAAAGAAGAGAAGCUGCAAGAAGGUUUCAAUGAUGGUUUUCCCACUGGCGCCAAGUUGGGAAGACAAGUUGGUGCAAUUAUGGGUAUUUUACUUGGUCUAUGCACACGUUUUGGCAAUGAAGACGAAGAGCUCAGUAAGGCAUACCUCGACGCUCAGAAAGAAUUACGUAUUAAUAAGGUGCUUAGCAAGUCAAUAUUUGAUCAAAACUUCGAUUUGCAAAAAAAACAUCCACUAAUAACAAAAUGGACAGAUAUUGCUAAUAUUUAUUGUGAAAAGUACCAUGUAUCUCCUGUUUAA